AUGUCUGACAUCUCUAAAAUAGUCCACCCACCUACACCUUCCGUUGUCGCGUCAAGUGAAAAACCAAACUCCGAUGAGCGUGAUGACUCUAUGCGAUCCACUACUAAUCCCAAGGGUCGUACUCGUCCUUAUAGAUGUAACAAAUGCCAAAAGGAUUUCAACAGGCUGGAGCAUCUAAACAGGCAUACCAGAACACAUACAGGAGAAAAACCUCAUCAAUGUGAUUGGUCUGGUUGCGAUAGGAAGUUCUCGAGGUCUGAUGAAUUGACACGGCAUAAACGCAUUCACGAAAAUGCUUUCAAAAAGACAACAAAUCGUAAUAAAAGGAUGGUUACGGUAGCAUUCAAGAACACGACAUAUGUCAUACGUAACCAAGCUCAGGGAGUUCCUCCAACGUCACGUAUCACAUACAUCUUCACUGAAUCCACAUUAAAUCCUCCAAAUUGGUCCAAACCAUUUAAAUGUCCUGUCAGUGAUUGCACGAAAUCAUUCACCCGUCACGGUCAUCUUUCUCGACACAUCCAGUCUUGCAUGCAGAAGAAGGAGUCUGCCAAGAAAAAAGUCCUACCAACACCCAGCCCUUCUCCACCGCCAAAUGAUUUGCCAUUUAUGUGCUCCGCAGAUUCUCCUCAAUAUGACCGUCCCCGCCCAAUGGAAUGUUUAAGGACAUAUCAGCCAACAAUUUCCUCUCAAUAUCGCCCUGUUCCAAUUACUCAUCCAUCAAAUCAACGACAAACCUUAACCCUUAGCGAAAUUCUACUCUCGUCAUCCGAGGCUUCCCAUCGAACACUUCCUCUACCGGUAAGCCAACCUGAUAACUACCUUCUAAUGAAUACCCGAUUUGAUCUACCAACAACAUUGUAA